CGCAGGGUUCCGUGAGGGGGGGUGUGCGGUACCUGACCGGGCCCCGCUGGGCCCUCUCGGGGUCUCCCCGAGUCUCUCGGGGUCUUUCCGUGUUUCUUGAGGUCUCCUCGGUCCGCGAUCAGUGUCCCGGCCCUUUCUGCCCCGGCUGCCUCCUCUCCGGUCUCCUCCGCCGCCAUGGAAGCCGCCGCCCUGCCCAUCCGCCGGCAGCGCCGGGCCCUGGUGGAGGCGGUGAAGGAGCGGCCCUUCCUCAUCGUCACCGGCGAGACCGGCAGCGGGAAGAGCACGCAGCUGCCCAAGUACCUCUUCGAGGCAGGCCUCGCCGAGCAAGGGGCCAUCGGUGUCACCCAGCCCCGGCGCGUUGCCACCAUCUCGGUGGCCCAGCGGGUGGCCGAGGAGCUGGGCUGUUCCCUGGGGACUGUGGUCGGGUACCAGGUCCGAUUCGAUGACUGCACCAGCGAGGACACUGCUAUCAGGUACAUGACAGAUGGCUGCUUGCUGAGGCAGAUCCUGUCAGACCCCCUUCUCAGCAGGUACAGUGUCAUCAUCCUGGAUGAAGCCCACGAGAGGAGCCUCAGCACUGAUAUUUUAUUUGGUUUGCUGAAGAAACUCUUUCUACAGAAGAAACCCCCAGAGAGGAAGACAGCCAUGAAGGUGGUGGUGAUGUCAGCCACCCUGGAGGUGGAGAAGCUCUCAGAGUUCUUUGGACACUGUUCAGUGCUGCACAUCCCAGGAAGAAGUUACCCUGUGAAGGAGAUAUUCUGCAACCUGCUCAGCCCCAGGGAUGUGCAGAGCUCUGCCUAUGUCACAGAGGCUGUGAAAGUGGCUCUGGAUAUCCACUUAAAUGAACCAGAAGGUGACAUCUUGGUUUUCCUGACAGGUCAAAUUGAGAUAGAAAAAGCUUGUGACUUGCUUUUCAAGAAAGCCGAAUCGAUCGAUUACCGGUACGAAGUGCAGGAUCGCUCUGUGGAGGGGCUCCUCAUCUUACCACUCUAUGGGUCCAUGUCAACAGACCAACAGAAAAGAAUAUUUUUGCCAGCUCCCACGGGCAUCAGGAAAUGUGUGGUGUCCACAAACAUUGCUGCAACAUCUCUGACGAUUGAAGGAGUCAGAUACGUAGUGGACAGUGGAUUUGUGAAGCAGUUGAAUCACAACCCCCGGGUUGGCCUGGACAUCCUGGAGGUGGUUCCCAUUUCAAAGAGUGAAGCAAGGCAGCGAGCUGGCCGAGCUGGCAGGACAGCAUCUGGGAAGAGCUAUCAGCUCUACAACAAAGAGUUCUGGGAGCAAUGCAUGCCUGAUCACACAGUGCCAGAGAUCAAGAGAACCAGUCUGACAUCUGUGAUCCUGACCUUGAAGUGCCUUUCUGUUCAUGAUGUCAUCAGAUUUCCCUACUUGGAUCCCCCUGAAGAAAGGCACAUUUUAGAAGCUCUCAAGGAACUUUACCAGUGUGGGGCUAUUGACAGGAGAGGCCACGUGACAAGGCUGGGUGAAUUCCUGGUGCAGUUUCCUCUCCCUCCCAACCUCACCUGUGCUGUCAUAAAAGCUGCUUCUCUGGACUGUGAAGAUCUGCUGCUUCCCAUAGCAGCCAUGUUAUCUGUGGAAAAUGUCUUCAUUCGUCCAGGUGAUCCUCAGAAGCAAAAGGAGGCUGAACUUCAACACCAGGAGCUUUCCUCACAAGUGGGAGGAUGCAAUGACUUUGCAACCCUCUUAAACAUCUUUGAACAAUGCAAAGCAAGCAAAUCUCCUUCAGCUUGGUGCCAGAAACACUGGAUCCACUGGAGAGCUUUAAAAUCUGCUUUUAGUGUGGAAAAACAACUUCGGGAAAUAAUCAAUAAACUGAAACAGCUCCCAGACUUCCCUAAAGAGACAUUUGAAGGCUCCAGAACUGAAAUUCUGAGAAGAUGUCUGUGUGCAGGAUACUUCAUCAAUGUAGCUAGGAGAGCUGCAGCCAGGACAUUCUGCACAAUGGAUGGACAUGGCAGCAUAGUCUAUAUCCAUCCUUCAUCUACACUACAUAACCAGGAGACUCUCCUGGAGUGGAUCAUCUUCCAUGAUGUCACAGUGACAUCCAAGAUCUACGUCCGGACGGUGUGUCCUGUGCGCUAUGAGUGGGUCAAGGAUUUGUUGCCCAGGUUGCAUCAAAUUGAUGCCUAUGAACUCAGCAGUGUGGCCCGGGAAGAAGUCACUGAAGAGGAAAUUACCAAGUGGAAACAUAAAGAGGAGCUUAGAAGGCAGCAUGAAGGAGUCCCAGACACCUCUGCAAAGAAGAUGGAGAGAAGGAAUGAUGAUAAAUCAAUACUGGAUGCCCGAGCUCGCUAUCUGGAGAGAAAACAGCAAAGAGCACAGGGUUUAAAUGGCCCAGAGAAAGAAAUGGGGUAAUAUUCCUGUCUGCUUUGCUCCUUCUGUGAGGAAAGGCAGUUUGUUCUGGUUCUGUUUGCAAAGUUACUGACUGGAAUGAAAGCAAACUUCUGCUUUGUGUAGUCUGAGUGCCAAGGUGUACAAAUGGAACCUUCCUCUGCUGCAUCCAGCAAGGAGAUGUCACCAAACUGAGGUUUGUUGCUACCUGAGACAGGCAACAACUGAGUGACCUCAAAUGUGGGUGAAGACCUGAUCCUCUGGUGCCAGUUCUGUGGCAUUCAGAUGACAGAGAAAGGUCUGGGUGGCCUUAGUGCCAUUAAAGUAUUUCUUCAAGGCUUGUUUUUUCAUUUUUUUUUUUAAGAGGAGUAAAACUGUCACUUUUUAUGUAUUUUACUUCAUGUGGUUGUGGCUGCAUAAUCUUACUCUCCCACUACUCAGGGGAAUGUGUAGGAGGUGCUUUUUUAAUGGUGGAACCAUCAGGGUCCAAGUUCAGAAAGACAUUUCCCACAUGUUCCAGGCUGCUGUUCCCACUCUGGAUUGUGCUGUACCAUGUACAGUGAUGGUUCUGGGUGAAGAUGUCUUUUGUAUGCAAAGUAUUUUAUAAAUGUUCUCACAUUCUUGCUAACAGUGCAUAUUUUUUUGCCAGGGAUGACUUAGCACUGUGUGUUUUCCAGUUGGCAAAAAUAACCCCCCAGCAGUCAAUCCAGUGCUCAGCCAAGCAGUCCCUCAGCAGGUCUCCUGCCUACUGGGCUGUUUUUCCAAAUUUGGUGACUGUUAUUUUUAAAAUGUAUAAAUUUCUGUCUGAAGAAUGAGUUUCAGAUGUGUAGGAAGAAUACAUGAGACUUUUUUUUCCCCUCAAGUGUGUAAAAAGCAUUUGUGGCCAUGGAGUUUCUUCUCAAUAAAGAGGAAAUCUUCUGACACAUCUUGCAGUGCUCCUAAAAUACUGCAGUGC